AUGGUAAGUGGCAUGGAAAUAAACAUUACUAUACCCUAGUACAAAGCCUAUAUAGCAUGCAGUUUACAAUGUUUCAAAAAUUCAAAGUAUUAACAGAAAGGAAUAAUUAGCAGAGAAGAUGAUAUUUGGAACUGUCUUAAUUCAGAUUUAAAAUAUAUUAAGUCUUGUUAUCUUUAAGAAAUAAUAACGAAUCCUACAAAACGAACAAGUGUCUUGUGUAGUGUACCGGCAAUACAUUUUAUUCACAACGUACAGUGAAACGUCAGUGCAAUAAAUUUAAUAUAUCACGCUAUGACAGACAAAGAAUAAUUUAAAGUUUAAUAGCGCCAUUUUUAUCACUUUGCUUUUCAGAGCGCUCAUAUAAGAAGCGCUCUGCAGAUGCUUUUAUUUCACACGGCUAUAGUGUGAGAAUACGGAAAAUGAUCUACGGGAAAUACUAAGCUAGACUGAAAAAAAUACAGAAAAUGUCCUUCUUUGAUGUGAUAACGGUAAUCGACUCUAAGGCGAGGUCUUCUGAUGAGUUUAACUCAUGCAGUUUUCAAAAUCAUUGCAUUGCCAUCCAUUGCAUAUUUGCAUUUGGUUAAAUUUUGAAUAUUCGUGAAGGUUUAGGAUCGAACUGAUAUAUCUGAAAAUAUAAAAAAGAACUUCUACGUUUGGAGCGCCAUCGUCUGGAAGUUAUCAACUAUUUUUGAGCAAGUUCACUGAAACGCAAUUUAUCUGCUCGAUAUUCACUAUUUGGUAUAACAUUGUUGCUAUCAUCAUGAAAGGUGAUUAUGUCAUUGUUGAUUGUUGUGAAAUAUUCCAACUCCUUGAACUGAUAUUGUUCAGCCUCUUAUUCAACACAUGGUGUUCAAAACAUUCGGAUCUAAAUUCUAAAGGGUGUAAUGUUUACACGAUUUACAGGAAAUUCCCUUCAACUUCAAGUUUCCUUCGUUGGUAAUCAAUAAUUUUCUACUGACUGCACCAUAAUAACGAAGCAAUGACUUUUAAUCAAUCAUUAAAUAUAUAUUGAACAAUAAAUAAGAUAAUAUUUUAUUAUACAUGGUAGUCACCACAUGUCUUCUUAUUGGUCAAUAGCUUACAGCUAAAUAUGGAAGUCACGCAACCUACAUGCAUAACACAAUUAUAUGUAGCAUAUGCAUGUAUAUAUAUCAGAAUUUUAUAGCCAGCGGCAGUUUUAAAUACACUAAUAUAAAAAACCAAGAAAAACCAACAUGAACGAACAAUGCUUUUGUGAAUUUUGUAUGCAUAAAGCAGACCUUUUUCACAUUUUUAAAUAUUUUUAUGCUAUUAUUGAUAUUUCAAAUCAUUUUCACUGCUUUUCUUGAGAACCAAACAUUUUGUGUGACAAAUAUUAAUCACUGUUUGUCGAAAGAGUUAAUGAAAAUGCAAUGUGUAACAAAAUUUUUACUGGGUGAGGUUUUGUAUUCGGAUAUCCCGAAUUAUGAAGGUGUCGGUGAUCGGUGUGUUAUCAUACCUUGACUUUGAUAAUUUCGGAUAUCACCUCAUCCAAUAACGGUUUAUUUUAGCGUGAGUGUAUAUCGAUAAAUGUGGGUCAAGCAGGAGCCCAGAUUGGCAAUGCAUGUUGGGAACUAUAUUGCUUGGAGCAUGGUAUAGGACCAGAUGGCAAGGUGGUGGACAAUUCUGAAACAAAGAAAGGAGCGGACACAUUCUCAACAUUCUUCAGUGAAACAGAUUCUGGGAAACAUGUACCACGCGCGCUGUAUGUGGACUUGGAACCGACUGUAAUUGGUACGUCUUCUUCUAUACCAGUUCCUCUUUAGUAGCUGCCCUUUCUUGUGAACACGAUCAGAACGUUCCUUAAUGUUUAAUUCUUCAUUUAUACAGCCCAUUAAAGUAUUCGGUCUAUCCCUUCAUCUCUAACUCUCUGAUCGAUUUCAAUUGAUCCCUUCAUCAUUUCUUAAUAUCAAUCCAUGCCAUCUCAGACUUGAUUGCAACGCCUUCUCUGCAAUGUGUACCACGCGACCCAACAUCUUUUUUCUGAUUCAAUAAUGUCCCUGACGAGCUCUCCUUCAUCUCUCUUCCUCCAGCUCUUCAUCUUAAUUAACUUUCAGUAAAACUCCCUGGCUCACCAUUCGCCUCAUUACAUAUUUUAUUUUCACAUCGUGCAACACGCAACGGCUUCAGGAUUUUUUUAAGGAUUCUGUAUUUAAGCUUUCUUGGCAGAAUGUAUUCACGAUACAGUAUCAUAUCUUUGAUCGUUAAGCCACACCAACUAGUUUGUAUUUAUUAUACAUUACUUUUCAUUACUGAUAUUUCCAGACGAAGUUCGAACAGGGACAUAUCGAUCAUUAUUUAGUCCUGAGAUGUUGAUCAGCGGAAAAGAAGAUGCGGCAAAUAACUACGCCAGAGGACAUUAUACCAUCGGUCGCGAGCUUGUUGAUAAAGUUUUAGAUAAAAUAAGGAAACUG